AUGCACCUGCAGUCGUACUCAUUCCACCAUGUGCCGCUCAGGUGGCUGAUCCUCAAGCUUCCGCAUGGCGGCCAGUAUGUAUACGUCGACAGCUCCUAUCCCGCAGGUCCCUUGGGAGGCUAUGUCAUGUACAAUGACGAGUGGCCAAACGGCACCGUCUCUUUCCAUCUUGCGCACGCCAAAGGCGUGCUCGGCUUUGAGCAAGAUGGCGGAUUCUGGCUGGUCCACAGUGCACCCAAAUUCCCCAACAAUCCCAGCGAUGGUGAAUACACAGGCAUAUGCUGCGAGGAGUUUUGGGGACAACUGUUGGAGGGCCAGAACUUCAUGUGCAUAAGCAUGAGACCUGCUGCACUCAAUGAUGUGGCGAAACUGCUGCGCUUGCCAACCCUGUUCCUUUAUGAGUGGGAGCUGCCGCUCUGGAGCACCCUCGCCUAUCCGGCAAUGGCAGAUCUUGUCACUGGAGGAGGGGAGCCUUUCAUGGCGUUUGCCAAAGCAACAACGCCGCUGCAUGGCUUCGGCAUAUAUGAGGAUGUCAUUGAGCCACACUUUGGGGCAGGCAUGGAGGUCCAGAGCUGGCUGAAUGGGCGCAAUGCAAUUCCCUCACAGUGCCCGCCCACCACACAGUAUGAAUCUUUGAAUGUGAGGCAUGUGUACAUCAGAGCAGCCAACCGUGGCUGGGACAAUACGGUCGAUCACUCAAAGUGGAGUGUGUCAAUUCCAAAUGCGGACCAGAAUGCAUCCUGGAAUGGAGGGCAGGGAGCAGUGUGCUUUGGGGACAUGAAUCGAAUGGAGGCGCAGCUGUUCCGUGGUGGCGGGGCAAUGUGCUUCACAAACAAUACGGCCGUCUGGCAGACCUUCAGGGCGCUCAUUUUCGCAAUUGAGGGCUGUCAUGAUGUGCCCAAAACUUGA